GUGGUAGCCUUGCACUUCCUGUUAGCUCGGAGACGACAGCGGACGAGCGGCUAAAAAAGUAUCAAUGUUUUUGUGUAAAAUUGCGGCAUAGUUGUUCAUAAACUUAGUACUUCUGGAGUGUUUAAGGUCCACAUCAAGGAGACGAAAUGAUCCGCUUCAUCCUGAUCCAGAACAGAGCCGGAAAAACACGACUGGCCAAGUGGUAUAUGCAGUUUGAUGAUGAUGAAAAACAGAAGUUGAUUGAGGAAGUCCAUGCUGUGGUCACUGUCAGGGAUGCUAAACACACUAACUUUGUGGAGUUCAGAAACUUCAAGAUCAUUUACCGGCGCUAUGCUGGUCUAUACUUCUGUAUUUGUGUGGAUGUGACUGAUAAUAACUUGGCAUACCUUGAGGGAAUCCACAACUUUGUAGAGGUGCUGAAUGAGUAUUUUCACAAUGUGUGUGAACUGGACCUCGUUUUCAACUUCUACAAGGUAUACACGGUGGUGGAUGAGAUGUUCCUAGCAGGAGAGAUCAGGGAGACGAGCCAGACCAAGGUCCUGAAGCAGCUCCUCAUGCUCCAGUCGCUUGAGUAAAGAACAGCCAUCCUUCCUACCUGUCCAGUUACCUGCUGCCCUGGCGCCUAAACCAACCUCACCACUCGAUCACAAUAUUCUGGAAGGAACCCCUUUAUGAUUGAUCUGCCUCUUCAGAGCUUAGACAGGAGUAGGAUGUUUUUAACCAGACAUGCAUACAUAGAAUUGUUUACAUAUAGAUAUAUGAUGUAGAGUUCAACUAGUCUGAUUGUCAUGUCGCAGUAUUCUCUAUCUGUUGUACUGCUAAAUGAGGUUAACCAGUAUGAAGGCUGUUCAUUUCAAUGUGACAAAUGUGACCUUUUGACAUUUCAAAUACUGCCUAAACUACAUUCACCUUGAUAUUCUGUUCUUUUGUCCAAAAGCCAGAGGCUGCAGAAAUUCCGUAUUUCAUAUAUUAAAUAGUUUGUCUUUUCGUUCAUUGCUGUGCAGUGUGAAAACGCUGAUGUCGAUCCACCAGUGUGGCACUGUUCUCCCCGUCCCUCCUCUUCUCCUCCCCCCUUUCUUGCCUCAACAUUCAUUUAAAAGCACUACUGUAACUAACAAGCACCAUCUACAAAGAAAAGGCCUAUUAUGAUCUAUGUACAGACAGCAGCCACUCAACCUGGAUAAAACCUAUGUAAAGAAAGACCUUGCUAGUGGAGUGAUGUACGACUCAUCAUGUGCUCAGUGCAAGCAAACUACAACUUGAAAGCCCUUUAGAGUAAUUGACCCAUCGCUGAGUCCGUAAUUGAAUGGAGUGUACUUGGAUCGAGAGCUAUUUUGAUAGUGUGUUAUGGCAACCUGUGCACUGUCACACCUCCUUGUGGUUGAUGAAGAUAAACUUUGAUGGUCACAUUAGAUGAGACCCCUGUACUGUUGAUUUAUCUGUUCUAGUCAUUCAACACGCAUCUCAAAUCAUCAUUUGAUGCGAAGCUGCAUUAAAUGGUGCUUGUUGGUUACAUUUAGAACACUUAAACACACCUAGAUUGCAAAAAUACAGCAGAACUGGAGUGUUUUUAGUGAUAAUAUAAAGUAUAUUUUACUUAAAGCAGUACUGUGACGUUUGCUUUGAAUGGUAUGUAUAUAUGUGUCUCUUACAUUUGUUUUUUGUGAAAUUAAUACAUUCAUUCCAGAAAGAGUGGUUCUGGCUCACUGUAAGGUUCGAGCAGUAUGUUGAAUGGUGCAGUUACUUUUGCAUAAAGUAAUUUGGUUUUUAAUUCCUUCACAGCCCUCAUAAACAUUUUGCAAAAUAUUGUAUUCAUUUUCUUAUGCUGGACAAUGUUAUUACUUGCCACACUUAAUUUCAUCCAUAUCUAUCAAGGUGUCAAAGGUGGUUCCAAAUGUUACCGUUGUUGAACUUUUGUAUUUUUUUUUUUUAUGAUUAGGCAAUAGUGAAAUAUGUACUGCUUCCCUUUCCUCAUCCUCCUGUGAGUUUGUUGUUGAACGAUGUGUGCGUGUUACUGUCUCCUAUCCAGCUACUCACGUCAAUAUGUCCAAUUCUAUGUAAAUAACAAAAUAAACAGAUGAAGUGAUACACAAA